AGUCCAUGUUGUAACAGCACCGGUUUCCUCCCGGCCGUCGUGGAGUUAGACUUCCCAUGGGGGAUACGGUGGUAGGUGAGAAUGUAGCCAUCAUCUGUUGUGAUCUCAUGGGGUUCUACGGGGUAUCCCUGCUGCCGGAUGUAGUCUUCCUGUUAUAAAGAAUACAGAAAUAGGUUCUCCUUCAGAACUAUUGUAUGUUUCGGAUCGCUCUUCCGUUGGUACUGAACAGAAGGUCUGACGUCUUUCAAGUUCUACAAAAAUGUCCUUUUUCAUCAAUACAACCAGAAGAACUUUUGAAACAAGAACCUAAAAAGCCAGAGGUACCAAUAGAAUCUCCUAAACACGAAACUCUUAAGAUAGAGACGCUUCAAAAGGAGGUUGAAAAAAGCAUCAACCGAAUCCCGAAGAAUAGUUUGGGAAGUAUUGUUGCUAUAAGCUCUGAGCCUGUCAUAGAUUCUUCUAAGAUACCAGGAGAUAAUGAUAUCAAGCUUUCAGUCGUUGACAAAAGUUCUCAUCCUUUGAAGGUUGUUACUGUUGAAUCCAGCAACCAAAAGACUCUACUGAGGGCGUUUGUUUUGGAUAUCAUGCAAAUGCAAUACAGUUUGGGUGUGCUGUUGGCAAAGGCACGGGUGAAGGUGACAGAACAAAUCCAAAAAACCAGAACCAACCGGAACGCUUCGGGCCCGAUUUGGGCUGAACUUAAACAUAAGGAGGUUGAACUCUUUGUGAAAAAGAACGAACCAAAACCUAAAGAGGAGCCCCUUGAAAUUCCUCCCUUAAAGUCCAACUUGGGGGAAGCUAUUCAGCAGAAUUUGCCAGCCUGGCAAAAAUCUAUUUCUAUCUCGCUUGGAAAUUUACAAAAAACUGUCGUCAAAAAACUAGCAAAGUAAUUUGUUUUAUUUAUUAUACCUAAAUUUUGUAGUUAUUGUUAUGUUUUGUUAUGACUCUUGAAAUGUAAAAAAUUAUAUGUGUUUGAAUUGA